AUGGAAAAGAGAGCUCAGGCCACUGAGUCUCUUAUCCCAGCAUCGAGCGGCCAGGCGGCCCUCGACCAUACCGUCCAGGCCGCCGAGCUGUAUAUGCGAGCUGCUGGGGAGGCUCCUACCAAGAAAGAUGCUACCCGCUUGCGGCUGAAAUGUCAACAGCUCAUUGCGCAGGCGGAAAGGCUCAAAGCGCAUCUCACGCAGACGCCCGGUGUCUUGUUGCAAACGUCACGUCUUCAUGGAAAUCUGUUUCCCCCAUGGUCAAAUGAGCCCUCUGAUGAAGACUUUGAACUUCCUCCCGGCCAUGAUCCUUUCACGGACAAUGCUACCUUUACAUUGUCUCCUAGACAGGCUGCUACCUUUGGUGGAUGGAGGCGUCCACGGGACUUGCACCAUGACAUCGAACCAGAUAGGGAUGCUUUGAUGAACUCGAGCCACGGGUGUGAUCUUGUUCAAGAUGUUACAACCGAUUGUUCUGUGGUGGCCAGUCUAUGCGCUGCCAUGCGUAUCUUGACCGGUCGAAACUCGGUUCUCUCAUCCAUCCUGUAUCCCUUUGAUAAAUCACGGGGCAUACCUAGAGUUUCUGCUUCAGGCAAAUACGUGCUAAAGCUAUAUUUCAACGGCUGCUUCCGCCGUGUUAUCAUCGAUGAGCGGCUUCCUUCUUCCCUUACAAACCGCACACUCUAUGUUGUUGAUCGGUUGAACCCUCAACUACUCUGGCCGGCUCUUUUGGAGAAAGCCUAUCUUAAAGUAAGGGGCGGUUACGACUUUCCGGGGAGCAACUCUGGUACAGACUUAUGGGUGCUUACUGGUUGGAUUCCUGAACAGAUUUUCCUUCAAAGGGAAGACCUAGAAAUCGACAGACUGUGGACACGGAUAAAAAAUGCACAUGAUUCUGAGAACGUUGUCGUCACAUUAGGCACGGGAAGAAUCUCGGCUGAAGAAGAGGAUCUUCUUGGAUUGGUCGGAGAACAUGACUAUGCCAUCAUGGACUUGGAGGUUGUCGCUGAAAGUCGGAGGCUCUUGGUCAAGAAUCCUUGGUGUGAUGGGCCGGUAUGGAAAGGGAGCAUUUCACAACCGCACAAAUUUGACUCGGCGACAAAAUCCCCCGAGGCAUCCGCACCUUCUGCUACCGGUUCGUUUUGGAUGACCCUAGACGAUGUCCUCCAACACUUUGAGUCCAUGUACCUCAACUGGAACCCGUCGCUCUUCUCACAUCGACAGGACCACCACUUCACUUGGCAUAUACCACCCCCAGAGUUGUCUUCUUCCCUAUUAUGCAACCCACAAUACUCACUGCAAUCACCCACCGGAGGGCUGGUUUGGAUUCUUGUCAGCAGGCACUUUGUGGAUGCCGAGCUCGAAAUUUCUCGCAACAGAACCGACACAAUGGCAGCCGCCUCUGGUCAGCUUGGCUACAUGAGUAUCCUUGUAUUUGAUAAUCAGGGCCACAGAGUCCAAGUUUCUGAUGGUGACAUUUACCGCGGACCUUACGUCGACUCGCCACAGACCCUUGCACGUUUUCACACAAGUCCGAAGAAGCGAUAUACCGUCGUGAUUGACCAGCAUGAGUUCCCGCUUCCAGAUUACACCCUCACUCUUUCAAUUUUGUCACAAGAUCAACUUACAGUCAAGGAGGCUGAUGAUGCAAUGGCGCUCAUGAAAGAAGUGACUGGAUCGUGGACCAGAAGGUUAUCACUUGCACUUGCAGGCCCUCUCUCUAUACUGCUUUCGACCAACAUGCAGGAUUUUCACGUGCAUAUUGAUCUAGUCUGGUCUCAAGGGAGGCGGGUUCAGACACUCAAGGUUCGCGAUCUAGCAGGUUCAUCUGGAGAAUAUCGCAGAGGCUGUGCAGUAGCCAACAUUCCCCAUGUUGACGCCGGGGUAUAUACUCUCGUUUGCUCGACCUUUGAAGCAGGCCAGCUUGCCGACUUUGUCCUCCGCGUUUCAUCCAUGACAGACGUGACUAUCCAGCCAGUUCCUGCCGAGGCCGCGGGGAGACUACGCAAGACACUCGCCCCUUUCGAGCUUUCGGACGGGGAGGAGGUACGGCGGGCGCAGCUUUCAGCUUCCUGGUUAACUCGAAUCAGCGUUACUGCAAGAAGUGUCUGCGGUCCCGACUCGAAUCCUAGCAAUCGGCCCUCGUCAACUCUAAUGGUUCGAGUUUCAGUAGCACAUGGAUGGGAUCCAGAGCGAACUACAAUCGCAACAUCGGGUGAAGGCGAAUAUGAAGAGCUCAAAGCCGUCGUGCGAACCCCUGAAUUGGACAUGGAGCCGGCAAGAAUACAACGAGAGGGAAUGUGGUUGGUGAUUGAGAGCAUGGGCAUAUCCCAGCCAGAGGAGUGCAUCGAAAUAGAAAUUCACAGCGACGGACCUGUCAACGUCGGGCCUUGGUCACUCCUUUAG